AUGACCAGGAAAGAGGUGGUUCUGGCCGUGACGGCUGCAACCAUUACGGCGGUUGCAGCAGGUGUACUAAUGGGUCGGUGGAUCCGGAGGAAAGAGCGGCGGUUGAAACAUACGCAGAGAAUUUUGAGGAAAUUCGCUAGAGAAUGCGCCACGCCGGUUUCGAAGCUUUGGGCGGUGGCGGACGCCUUGGUCGCCGACAUGACCGCCUCUUUAACCGCCGAGUGUUGCGGUUCCCUCAACAUGCUCGUUUCAUUCACCGGUUCUCUCCCUUCCGGUGAUGAGAAAGGGGUACACUAUGGAGUCAACUUGAGAGGCAAGGAACUAUUACUGUUACGUGGGACGCUAGGUGGUAACGAAGAGCCUAUUUCCGAUGUACAGAAGCAUGAGAUUCCGAUCCCUGACGAUGUUUUAAAUGGUUCUUUCAAGGAGUUGUGCGAUUUCAUAUCAUUGGAGCUUGUUAAAUUUCUUGCGAUGAAUCCCGGUGGAGAAGCAGAAGAAGUGAAGAAUCUCGGGUUUACGUUGACGCGCUCUGUUGAGCAGAUUGGGUCACAUUCAAUCUCGUCGAUACAUAGGAAGAGUUUAGCAAAUGACGAUGAUGAGAAGGUUUUGAAAGAUUUGGUGAAUGAUAUGAAUGAAUCACUGGAAACACACGGUCUGAAAAUUCGGAUGAACACAGCGCUGGUGGAUAAUACUAUAGGAGAAUUGGCUGGAGGAAGGUAUUAUCACAAGGACACUGUGGCUGCAGUAUCAUUAGGUAUGGGAACCAACGCUGCUUACAUUGAACAAGCUCAAGAGAUAUCGAGGUGGAAAUCUGCGAUACGUGAGCCACAAGAGAUCGUUGUUAGCACAGAGUGGGGAGAUUUCAGAUCUUGCCAUCUUCCUAUAACCGAGUUCGAUGCUUCUCUUGACGCGGAAAGCUUGAAUCCCGGACAUCGAAUAUUUGAGAAGAUGGUGUCAGGAAGAUACUUAGGGGAGAUAGUAAGAAGAGUGUUACUAAAAAUGUCUGAAGAAUCUGCUCUCUUUGGAGAUACACUACCUCCAAAACUCACAAUUCCUUACAUUUUAUGGUCUCCAGAUAUGGCUGCAAUGCAUCAAGAUAUAUCCGAAGAACGGGAGACUGUAAACAAAAAGCUCAAGGAAGUUUUCGGUAUAAUGGAUUCAACUCUUGCGGCGAGAGAAGUUGUAGUUGAAGUAUGCGAUGUAGUCGCGGAACGAGCGGCUCGUUUAGCGGGAGCAGGAAUAGUUGGGAUGAUAAAGAAGCUUGGAAGAUUAGAGAAGAAAAUGAGCAUUGUGAUAGUUGAAGGAGGAUUGUAUGAUCAUUAUAGGGUAUUUAGAAACUAUCUUCAUAGCAGCGUUUGGGAAAUGCUUGGUGAUGAGUUAUCAGAUCACGUCGUCAUUGAGCAUUCUCACGGUGGAUCUGCUGCCGGAGCUCUCUUCCUUGCCGCAUGUGGCGACGGUCAUCAAGAUUCUGAAAGCAAGUGACGAUGAUGAUUCUUUUUUGUAGUUCUUACAAUCAAAUAAGAACUAAAUUUUAUUUUGUUUAGUCAUG